UUCACAGGCUCUGGCCCCUAAUGUAGCUGCCUUCGUGUGCCACUGACUCUUGACUCCAUGGACAUAGUCCCAAUGGGCUCCCUUCGGCACUGCUGCUGCCAGCUGCCUAAGAUGGGUGACACUUGGGCCCAGCUUCCCUGGCCAGGGCCCCCCCACCCUACCAUGCUGCUGAUCUCCCUCCUCUUGGCAGCCGGGGUGACACACUCAGAUGCCAGCAUCAGCUGCCCAGUCCUUUGCACAUGCCACAACCAGGUUGUGGAUUGCAGCAGCCAGCGCUUAUUCUCUGUGCCUCCAGACCUGCCAAGGGACACCCGCAACCUCAGCCUGGCCCACAACCGUAUAGCCGCCGUGCCGCCCGGCUACCUCACGUGCUACGUGGAGCUCCGGGUGCUGGAUCUGCGCAACAACUCCUUGGUGGAGCUGCCCCCCGGCCUCUUCCUCCACGCCAAGCGUCUGGCACACCUGGAUCUCAGCUACAACAACCUCAGCCACGUGCCAGCUGACAUGUUCCAGGAGGCCCAUGGACUCGUGCACAUAGACCUGAGCCACAACCCAUGGCUGCGGAGGGUACACCCCCAGGCCUUCCAGGGCCUUGUGCAGCUCCGGGAUCUGGACCUCAGCUAUGGAGGCCUGGCUUUCCUUAGCCUCGAGGCCCUUGAGGGCCUGCCGGGCCUGGUGACCCUGCAGAUCGGUGGUAACCCGUGGGUGUGCGGCUGCACCAUGGAACCCCUGCUGAAGUGGCUGCGAAACCGGAUCCAGCGCUGCACAGCAGAUUCUCAGCUGGCUGAGUGCCGGGGUCCCCCUGAGGUUGAGGGUGCCCCCCUCUUCUCCCUCACUGAGGAGAGUUUCAAGGCCUGUCACCUGACCCUGACCCUGGAUGAUUACCUCUUCAUUGCAUUCGUGGGCUUCGUGGUCUCCAUUGCCUCUGUGGCCACCAACUUCCUUCUGGGCAUCACAGCCAACUGCUGCCACCGCUGGAGCAAGGCCAGCGAAGAGGAAGAGAUUUGA